UUAAAAUCACUUAUAUUAGGGGAUGGAGGGAGUAGUACAUUAACAUCUUCCUAAGAUGGCAAAAUCCUAAAAAAAUGGUAAAAAAAAUGGGAGGAAAAAGAAAUAGGAGAAAGAAAAAUGGCAAAGAUGAAGAACUCGGCCUGCCCCUUCAUUCCCUUCCAUCCACUUCCAAUCCAUCCAGCCCAAGUCCAUCUCCCACCCUUCCACCACUACCCACAUCGUCUCGCCGCCGUCGCCGCCGCCGGCGUGACCUCCGCCGCAAAUCCGCAGCCCCCACCACCGCCACCCAAAGCUCUCAUCCCGCAUGAAGGCGUCGAUCAAGUUCCGCGACGACGACCGGCCGCUGCUGCGUGCCAGGGUGCCGAUCAGGGUGCUCGGGCUGCCGCUCCACUCCGGCCUCUCCGCCGGCGGCGACCCGCGCGAGCUCCGCCUCGACCUCUCCACCGCCUUCUCCUUCGGCCCGGCGAUCCGCCUCUCGUACCGCCCCAAUGACCCCGCCCUCCCCUUCUCCGUCUCCGUCCGCGCCGGCGUCGGGCCCCUCGGCUCCCCCGCCCGCGCGCCCUUCUCCCUCGCCGCCGAGUUCAACCUCCUCUCCGGCAACCCCGGAUCCCCCGCCUUCUUCCUCCUCCUCAAGCCGCGCCUCGGCGACUUCUCGCUCUCCCACACCCUCCGCUCCUCGCCGCAUCCCGGUAAUAAGGUCGGGGAGGUCUCCGAUGGCGAUGGCCAUGGGCGCGAGGUGAACUACAAGGCGUUCUCGUUCGCGGCGGCGGGGAAGAGCGGCGGCGGGGUCGGCGCGCUGCUGUCCGGGAUGCGGCUCACCACGAGGAGCGUGCUCCCGCUGUGGGGAAGGGCGAGCCUGCGGUUCAACUGGGGGCUGCGCGCGCCGCCGGAGCUGCAGGCGGCGCUCGCCGCCGACGACGCCAUGGUCGGUGCCAGCCGCAGCCGCAAGGGCGGCGCGCGGGUUCCGGUCAGCAAGAUGCCCCUGCUGGUCAUUGACAAGAUCUCCAUCGAACAGUCACCUCGCGCCGCCGACAAAACGCGCGGCAACGCGGAUUCCUCGCCACCAGCGCCGGCGAUUGCUGCCGCCGCCGACGCCGAUGCAGCGGACGGCACGGGACGCGGCGGCGAGGGGUUCUCGCUGGUGAGGCGGCAGCUGGAGGCGCUGAACGCGGAGAGCGGGAUGCUGCGCCGCGCCGUGGAGGACCUGCGCGCCGAGGUCGGGAGCCGCAGGGCGGCGGUGUCCACCGCCGGCGCACCCGACACCUGGAGGACGCCGCCGGCGCCGCCACAACCAGCACAGCCAUACCACUACUCAUCUCCGGUGAAGCCGGAUCGCCGGGGCAGUGGCAAGGACAUGGCCGCAGCCGAGAACGCCACGAAGCCUUCGUCGGAUGAGCUUGGCGACGAGUUGAAGAGGGCAUUGGAGGCGCGGCUGAGGUGAGAGCUUUGGCAUCCAGCCAUUGCCAAGAGCUCCACUCCACCACCACGGCUAACCAACCUCACUGUCCGGUGUUGCUGGUACAUGCUAGCUUCAGGCUUGUAUAAUUGAGCAUUUCCAAUCAAGAAAUCAUCAGGUUUUCUUCUACAGCUAGUACUUAACUACUUAUCAUAUUCUUUCU